AUGCCGGAGAUGCAAGGAGAGAAACGUCCUUUGGAUCCAGAUCCAGAUGAUGACGAUGAUGACGACGAUGACGGUUUCGGACCAAUGCCAGUGCCAGCGCCGGCACAGACAAAGCCGAAACGAAAAAAGGUGCUGAAGAAUGCGCACGUAUAUCUGGACAACUUGCCCAAAGGAGAGAUGUACGAGAAGAGUUUUAUGCACCGGGAUGUGGUCCACCUUGCAGUUUGCAGCAAUGCCACGGGGUUUCUGGUGACUGGCAGCGAGGAUGGCCACGUCAAAUUCUGGAAGAAACAGUAUGAAGGCAUUGAGUUCGUCAAACAUUACCGAGCGCACCUAGGAAAACUGCAAGCCAUGGUCAUUUCACAGGAUGGAAGGUUGCUCGCCACCAUCGGCGAUGACAAUGCGCUGAAGCUGUUUGAGGUUACAUCCUUCGACAUGAUCUGCAUGAUCAAGUUGAAGUUCAAGCCGCUUCAAGUCGAGUUCGUUCAUAAGAAAAACGCUCCAACCUCACUCGUUGCAGUGUCUGAGUCGGAGUCCGGCAAGGUGCACAUUCUGCAGCCUGAAAGUGGCACCGCAGAGCCUCUGCGAACCCUUGAGGUCCAUUCAGAACCCGCCCACGCCAUCAGGUACAAUCCGUGGGUUCAUGCCUGCGUCAGCGCUGACAAAUCAGGCGCACUUGAGCUUUGGGACCCAGACACGCUGGAGAUGCCAAACAAGGAGAGUCGCCCUGGAAGGCUCAGAUUCGAGAUCAAGAGUGAAACGCAUAUGUAUGAAUUGCGAAAGAACCAGACGCACGCGAUUUCUUUCUCCAUCAGCACUGAUGGCAGCAUGUUCGUCAUGGUUUGUGAGGAUGGUCGCUUGAGAGUAUUCCGCUUCGCGACGAUGAAGAUGGUUCGUGCGUAUGAUGAGUCGAUGGAGAUGUUCACUGCGGCUCAGAGCGACCCCAACAUGGGGGACCUUCACUUAGACAGGUUCGAUUUUGGACGGCGGAUCGCUGUUGAGAAGGAAAUGCGGAAGUCUUCUGCGCAGAUGUACCAGCAGGCCGUGUUCGACGAAUCCUGUAACUUCUUGGUCUUCACAUCGCUUAUUGGCGUCAAGAUCGUCAAUCUUCAUACGAACAAGCUCGUGAAGAUUCUCGGCAAAGUUGAGCAGACCGAGCGAUUUCUGGGCCUUGCCUUGUACCAGGGCAAAGCUCAGAAGAGGAAGGCAGCUCUGGGAGAGUCAGUUGUCGAGGGGGAGAACGACCAGAAGGAGUCCGCUGACCCAAUCGCCUUGGUCACCGCAUACAAGAAGAACAGGUUCUAUUUGUUCAGCACGAGAGAGCCCCCUGAAACAACUGCGGAGUUGGGAAGAGACAUCUUCAACGAGAAGCCUUCCAAGGAAGAUGCAGCUGUCGCAGCUUCAAUCAGGACAGAGAACCCUCUAGGCAAGCAGGCCACCAUCCACACCACGAUGGGAGAUAUUGUCGUGAAGCUCUUCUACCAGGAGUGUCCAAAAUCAGUUGAGAACUUCACGGUGCACUGCAAGAACGGCUACUACGACAACAUUAUCUUCCAUCGGGUCAUCCAGGGCUUCAUGAUCCAGACCGGAGAUCCACAGGGAGAUGGCACUGGCGGUGAGAGUAUUUGGGGCGGAGAAUUCGAGGACGAAUUCCACCGCAACUUGAAGCACGAUCGCCCUUUCACGCUGUCCAUGGCCAAUGCAGGGCCAAAUACCAACGGAUCUCAGUUCUUCGUUACCACGGUCCCAUGCCCCUGGCUGGACGGCAAGCACACGGUCUUUGGGCGCGUGCUGCAGGGUAUGGAUGUGGUGCAGAACAUCGAGAAGACCCAGACAAACUGUGACGACAGGCCUUUGGUCGACAUCAAGAUCAAGAUCAUGACCAUCAAGAUCAUCGUCUAA